CUUUAAACCCUAUUUUCUCUACCCUCACGCAAAUUUUCCCUUUCCUGUUUUGUGGUUUUUCCCUUUUAUUUAUUCCUCAUAAAGUCGAAAUCUUUUGAAACCAAAACCCAUAAUUAUCUUUUUUGUCUUCCCUCUGUUUCUUGUCUCUUUGGGUUAUCUCAGAUUCUCUCCAAAAAAAAGUCCGUCUCUUUCCAUGGCUCCUCAUCUCCAUCUUCUUCUCCCUCACUUUCUCGUUUCUCUUUUAGUUCUUACUUCAGCUUCUUCCUCUGCUCCUCCAGCUGAUGAAGGUGCAUUCAUCGGAGUAAACAUAGGAACUGAUCUUUCAGACAUGCCACAUCCUACACAAGUUGUUGCUCUGCUAAAAGCUCAGCAAAUUCGACAUGUCCGCCUAUACGACGCUGAUCCUGGAAUGCUUAUUGCUCUAGCAAACACCAAAAUCAAAGUCAUAAUCUCAAUACCAAACGACCAGCUUCUUGGCAUUGGCCAAUCCAAUUCAACCGCAGCUAAUUGGGUCAAACGCAAUGUCAUUGCUCAUUACCCUGCAACGACUAUAACCGCCAUUUCCGUUGGCUCUGAGGUACUAACAAGUCUCCCAAAUGCAGCACCUAUACUAGUCAAUGCCAUCAAGAACGUUCAUUCAGCUUUGCUUUCAUCAAAUCUUGACCGUUUGAUCAAAGUCUCUACUCCUUUAUCCACUUCUUUGAUCCUUGACCCUUUUCCUCCCUCACAAGCCUUCUUUAACCGCUCUUUGAACCCGGUCAUAGUCCCGUUACUAAGCUUCUUGCAGUCCACAAACUCAUACCUUAUGAUCAACGUGUAUCCUUACUAUGACUACAUGCAAUCAAACGGUGUGAUUCCUCUAGACUACGCGCUCUUCAAACCGAUUCCUCCUAACAAAGAAGCUGUUGAUGCAAACACGCUUGUUCACUACUCAAACGCAUUUGAUGCAAUGGUGGACGCUACGUAUUUCGCAAUGGCUUACUUGAACUUCACAAACAUUCCGGUUUUGGUAACCGAAUCAGGAUGGCCAUCGAAAGGAGAGAGCAAUGAGCCUGAUGCUACGCUAGACAAUGCCAACACUUACAACAGCAAUCUCAUAAGACAUGUUCUUAACAAGACAGGAACACCAAAACGCCCCGGGAUCGCUGUGAGUACUUACAUUUACGAGCUGUACAACGAAGAUACAAAAGCAGGAUCUUUAUCAGAGAAGAGUUGGGGUUUGUUUAAUGCAAAUGGUGACCCUGUUUACAUACUGAGGUUGACUGACUCGGGUGGUGUUCUUGCUAAUGAUACAACGAACCAAACUUACUGUACUGCAAGAGAAGGUGCUGAUCCUAAGAUGCUUCAAGCUGCUCUUGAUUGGGCUUGUGGCCCUGGGAAAAUUGAUUGCUCGCCUAUUAAGCAAGGAGAGGCUUGUUAUGAACCAGAUAGUGUGAUUGCUCAUGCUAACUAUGCGUUUGAUACUUAUUAUCAUCAGACUGGGAAUAAUCCUGAUGCUUGCGACUUCAAUGGAGUUGCUAGUAUCACCACCACAGAUCCAAGUCAUGGUUCAUGUGUGUUUGCAGGAAGCCGCGGUGAUGGAAAGAACGGGACGACUGUGAACAUAACGGCACCAUCGGCGAAUUCGACGAGCUCUGGAAUAAGGAGUGAUUUGUAUUACAGUCGGGGAAUUUGGAGCAUUUUGACAGUGAUUUUGAACGUUGCUUUCUUGUGAAGAAAAAAUCUUAAAUGUUUUUCGUUCCGGGAAGUUUUUAAUCUUUUUUAGGUGGGAUUGGAGUUAGAAUUUGAGAGGCUGAUUGUGUUUGAUUCGAUUUUGUACACAAGAAACAAUCAAGAAAACAUUUAAUGGUCUUUCUUUGUUUUUAACUAUAGUCUUCAGCUUCUUA